CGCAAAUUUCGGUAUUUAUGAUGGUAUAUGUUGGAGCUCAGCUAAAUCUACUGUUGCGUUUAAAGCGUUUAGUAAAACUGUGUAAACCUAAUGAACCUUUCCGCGUUACUAGUGGUGGGACAACAAUGUAAACAUUAUUUUGUUAUGCUGAGGAAACUGGCUGCAGCUUCACCAACAGGGCUCGUAUAGUAAGCUAACAGUGUCGCUAGCUGGCUAGCAAACAUGUCAGGUCUUCCACAAAAUAAUUUAAAAGAACAGCUGGCGAGGCACAACAAUGCUGCUCAGAGUAAAUUAUCCCUGGCUAAACCCAAAACGGGAGCCUUCUCGUUCAAAAAGAAAUCCACAUCUGGUACAACRAAAGUGGAAUACCCGAGAAAGGUAAUCGGCUCAAGUGUUUUGGCCAACAGGAAUGUCAAUAUCACUGAGAGCAGUUUGGUGACUAAACCUUCUUUGACAUUUUCAAAUAAGCUUGAAAGACCUCAAAAGUCCCAAAUCAGCAGCUUCUUUCCUGUAAGUUCAAACUGCAUGUCUGGAUCCUUCAGCCCAGCAGGUAACUCGUCUUCAUUGUGUCAAACACCCUCAGAAAAGACUGAUAGUAAGAYGAGUCCAGCUCCAAAUAAACCUGAAAGUCAAGCUUGUUGUGGCAGCCGGAUUGAUUCUUCAAGUUUGGAUGCGUCGGGAUUCCCGAUCGAUGACUGGGAUGAUCUUGASGACUUUGAAACACCUGUCCGAAUAAAAAAUGACUCUUUCAGUUCAGACAAAUCAGCGAAGAUCGCCAAACUGUCAUCUUCUGAUGAAGAAUUCCCAAAAUUCACAGGGAAACAAUACCCAGAUGCUUGUCUUGAGAAAUCCGAAUUAAACAAUGGGAAUAAUGCCCAGACAUGUGUGGAGACKGAUAAAAUGGAAAAAGAUGUUGAUGAGAAAACAGUUUCACCAGGACUUGAUGUGUUUCAAGACCMAGCAGAGAUUGAAGUUGAGGUUUCUCCUCUCAGAAGACCCAGAAGACGAUGUCCUCCUCCGCUUGUAACAUCUGUCUUAAGUGACAGCGAUGAGGAUCCUGUUGACGUGUCUAAACCAUUGGAGGAUAAGACAAAUAAAAAUAAAAAAAUGAUUGAUCCAAAGGWAAUGGAACUUAAUGCCAACCCAGAGACUGAUGAAGAUCUUGAUUACAUUCCUCCUUCACCUAUUUCUGAGAAGACGCCUCACACAAUGUCUGAAGUGGAUAAAAGCAGAGAUAAAUUGGGGAAUUCACAGAGUACAGACAUUCUUGUCCCGUCAAAGAGUCCUGCCAGAGCUUUUUCUGAGCCUACUGAUCACCAAGCGAAAGACAAAACAAAGGAACAACUCUUCAGUUUAAUGGAGUCCAUUUGUGCUCUUGUUGAUUCCAUCCCUGAACAUGAACUGAUCGCUUUGUCCUGCGGGGAUGAACUUUUGCUGAAGAGGGCCCAAAGGAAAAGGAUUCUUGCUUCAGGUUGUGACUUUUUGUUGAAAAUGCAGCAGCCGGACAGCACCGUGACUUCUGAUCCCAACUUUAAAGMAAUGUCUUCAAGCUGUGGUGCAUCUAGUUUUCUGUCUUCCAACAACUCCGUGUCUGCAGACUACAAGAAGCCUSUGCAGUCAAGAAGAUCCUCAGUCAUCACUGUGGACUCCGAUUGUUCUUUUAAUACUGAUUUAAAGCCCGUGUACAAUAAGGACAGCAGUAUAUUCUGUAUGGAAAAUGAGAGUAAUUGUGACUCUCCAUCUGCCUACAGCAUCACAAAACCACCUUUCAGUCCGUUUGAGGAAACUAGUUUAGAUGUUAAUGAUGUUGAUGUCUCCUUCUCACCGAAAAAGACUGAGGCUGUUUUGCAGAACAAAUCCAGAAACCCAGUUCCUGCAGCUGSAGCUGAGGCUGAAGCAGAUGACUUUUACAUUGAUGAUUUUGACAUAGACGACUUUAACGAUUCUGAUAUCCCAGAUUAUUUUGAUGAACCCUCAGUUUCAUCAGUUUCAAGACAAAACGUCAGCACCGUGUCUACCACAGUUAAAGAAGGCGGACCAAGGAAGUCAUCAUGGGAGAAGGAACCAGUGACGCCUGUGUCUGCCCYGAAACCAUCAAAGAUUUAUUCACCAGAACCCAACUUCAAAAACCCAGCUCACGAUCGCUUCAGAGGUUUCAACUUCCCCUAUUCUCAGGAGAUGAUGAAGAUUUUUCAUAAACGUUUUGGACUUCAUCAGUUUAGGUUUAAUCAACUCGAAGCGAUCAAUGCUGCUCUUCUGGGAGAAGAUACGUUUGUUUUGAUGCCCACAGGUGGAGGUAAAAGUUUGUGCUACCAGCUGCCUGCCUGUCUCUCACCUGGAGUCACUGUUGUCAUUUCCCCUCUUAAAUCACUAAUUGUGGACCAGAUCCAGAAACUCACCACCCUCGAUAUUCCAGCGACCAGCCUGUCAGGUGAUAAAAGUGACAGUGAAGCAGGGAGGAUUUACAUGCAGCUUUCCAGGAAAGACCCCAUCAUCAAACUGCUGUAUGUCACACCUGAGAAGGUGAGUGCAAGCAACAGGUUGAUCUCAGCCUUGCAGAACCUGUUUGAGCGAGGUCUUCUGGCCCGCUUCGUCAUAGAUGAGGCACAUUGUGUCAGCCAGUGGGGCCACGAUUUCCGUCCAGACUACAAGAAGUUGCAUGAACUGCGUCAGAAGUUUCCCAAUGUGCCGAUGAUGGCGCUGACGGCCACGGCCACCCCCCGUGUGCAAAAAGACAUCCUCAACCAGCUAAAUAUGACUCGGCCACAAGUAUUUACCAUGAGCUUCAACAGAGUGAACCUGAAGUACUCUGUGCUCCCCAAGAAACCCAAAAAGGUUGAUGAGGACUGCAUGAUCUGGAUAAAGAAGCACUACCCCCGUGACUCUGGCAUUGUUUACUGCCUGUCUCGUAAUGACUGUGAUGCCAUGGCUGAGAGUCUGCAGAGGGCUGGAAUCCUGGCUCUGUCGUAUCACGCUGGACUGAGCGAUGGACAAAGAGAAAAUGUUCAGAGCAAAUGGAUCAAUCAAGAUGGCUGCCAGGUGAUCUGUGCCACUAUAGCCUUCGGCAUGGGUAUUGACAAGCCUGACGUGCGCUACGUGAUCCACGCCAGUCUGCCUAAAUCUAUGGAGGGUUAUUAUCAGGAGUCAGGAAGAGCCGGCAGAGAUGGAGAGAUCUCUCACUGCGUUCUGUUUUAUUCUUACACUGACGUCCACCGCAUUAAGAGGAUCAUCAGCAUGGACAGAGAGGGUGACAAGCACACCAAGGCUACUCAUUACAACAACCUGCACAGCAUGGUGCACUUCUGUGAGAACGUGAUGGAGUGCAGAAGAAUUCAGCUGCUGGCCUACUUUGGGGAGCUGAAGUUCAACAAAAACUUCUGUAAAGAACAUCCGGAUGUCAGCUGUGACAACUGUGCCAAACCCAACCAAUACAAGAUGAGGAACGUGACUGAAGACGUGAAGAAAAUCGUGAGGUUUGUCCAGGAGAACUGUGAGAAAGUUGGAGCCAGGUUCGGCAAGACGACUCAGCAGAACCGACUGACGCUGAACAUGCUGGUGGACAUCUUUAUAGGAUCUAAAUCUGCCAAGGUACAAACAGGCAUGUUUGGGAUUGGAGCAGCCUACUCUCGCCACAAUGCGGAUCGUCUCUUUAAAAAACUGGUCAUUGAUAACGUCCUGGUUGAGGACCUCUACAUCACUAACAACAACCAGGCUGUGUCUUACAUCUCCGCCGGACCGAAAGCCAUGAACAUACUGUCUGGGUACAUGCAGGUGGAGUUCUAUGAGACUGAGAGUGCGUCCAGCAUCAGGAAACACAAAGCUUCUGUUACCAAGAACRUCUCCAAGAGGGAGGAGAUGGUUCAGGAGUGUCUGAAGGAGCUGAUCGAUCUGUGCAAGCAGCUCGGCAAAGCGUUCGGCCUUCACUAUUACAACAUCUUCUCCACCGCCGCCUUGAAGAAGAUUUCUGAGCGGCUUUCUUCUGACCCUGAAGUCCUUCUACAGAUUGAUGGUGUGACUGAGGACAAACUGGAGAAGUAUGGAGCCGAAGUCAUUCAGGUGCUGCAGAAAUACUCGGAGUGGCAGCUACCUGCAGAAGAGCAGACUGAACCUGCUGCAGACGGGUGGAUAGACAUGACACGAAGCGGCACGCACGACGACGAUGAUUCAGAGUCCUCUACUUAUUUUAGUAAUCAAGCUGGUAGAGGACAGAAGAGAAAGAAAGCUCCUUUCUUCAAGUUUUCUAAGAAGAAAAAAGGAUACAGCAACACAAACUCCAAUUCUAAAGGUCGGGGCUACAGCAGCAACAAGUCAUCAGGGUCAUCCAGCUUCAGAGGUGGGUCUCAGAGCGCUGGUCGAGGGUCCAGGAGCUCAGCAGGAAACGCAGCGGGAGGCAGGAGACCAGGAUUCCUUUCUGUUCCCACACCUCAGGGCAACCAGCGGCCUUUUUUAAAACCCUCCUUYGCACACAUGAACUGAGAGCUGCUUCAUUCCAGACAGAAACAUGUUGGGUUAAAUAGAAAAUCACUACUUUUUUUUAUAAGAUAGUUGAUCAUUUUUUGUACAAUAAAUUAUUUAACUUGAA